AUGACUGCCAACGGUGCAAACGGAGCCGGAGGUGACUCACGGCCAGUGUUCUUCUUCGACAUUGACAACUGUCUGUACUCUAAAGGAUGCAAUAUUCAUGAUGAGAUGCAGAAAUUGAUCAACAAGUUCUUCUGCAAGCACCUCGAUCUUACUCCGGAAGAUGCGCACAUGCUGCACCAGAAAUACUACAAGGAGUACGGCCUUGCGAUUGAAGGUCUGACCCGCCAUCACAAGAUCGACCCGCUCGAAUUCAACUACGAAGUGGAUGAUGCCCUUCCCCUCGAUACAAUCUUGAAGCCAAACCCCAAGCUGCGCUCUCUGCUGGAGUCUCUGGACACCACCAAAGUGAAGCCCUGGCUGCUCACCAAUGCUUAUGUCAGCCAUGGAAAGCGAGUGGUGAAACUGUUGGGUAUUGAAGAUCUGUUUGAGGGUAUUACGUACUGUGACUAUGGCUCGUUACCGUUGGUUUGCAAACCGAGCCAGGAUAUGUAUGCAAAGGCAGAGAAAGAGGCCAGGGCUCCCAGCACCGAAUCGUGCUACUUUGUCGAUGAUUCAUAUCUGAACUGCAAGCAUGCAGCGGCUCGAGGCUGGUCAACUGUCCACUUUGUGGAAGCGGGAGUCGAAGUCCCGCGCAUCCCGGCAUCGAAAUACCAAAUCUCAGACCUUGAGGAGCUACGUGUCCAUUUCCCGGAGGUAUUCAAGUCGUAA